UCAGAUGCCAGAAAGUGUGACAGGUGAAGUGUUGUCUGAAUCAACGAAGCAGUUAAGAGCUGAAUUGAGGGCUAAAAACAACAUUUUAACAAACACCUGUGCACAAAUUGCUUCCAUUAAAGUGCAACAAGUUACCACACACAUGCCAUUUGAAGUAGUGGCUGAUCAUAUCAAGUUAAAAGAAGCUCGAAAGCAAAGUGUUGCUUCUGUUGCGGAGAGCCAGGAUGAAAGUUUGGUAAGAAAUUUGCAAUAAUUAUUUAAUACUGCAUGAGCAUUUAUUAAUUUGUGUACAAUUUUACUAGCUCAUCUGAAUGAAUAUAUAGAAGGAAAUGAAUAGCAGGGAGAAUAAUUACCAAAGUUUAUAGUGUAUCCCACAAAUUCAUUGAAUGUUAUUUUUCAGUAUUGGUUUACUGAAGAUGAGAAAUAUUUAAGCUCCAUCAGAGAAAAUGAUGGUAUUCGAUUACAACUGGAAGCGAUAAGCCAGUUAGUGGAAAGUAAAAAUCAAGAGCUGGUGGGAUUGAUCGCAGAGAAAGAACGAAAACAAGCUAAUGAAGAACGGCGAGUGAGGAAUGCCCAUGAAAGUAGGAAAAAGUGUACUAAGUGUGGAGGAUAUGUUGCUCAGAUUGUUCAUUUAAAAACAAAGGAAAAGGAAUACAAAGAAAAGAAGCGAGCCUUAAAGCAAGAAUGUGAAAGACUACAGAAACAACUGGAUGCUAGUUGGUCAACCAUCCAUUUGUGGGAAAAUGCGGUGAGUUACAUUUUGUUUUAGUUGUCAUUAUUGUUAAUAAAACUUGGUUCUUUAAAAUUCAAGAAAAUCUUAUGGCAUGCCUGUCAGAUGUUGGGAUCCUAGGUAGCGGCGUUAUACCUGCAAGUGCCUGAAGCUAACUGCAAUCCUUGGUCAGAAGGUCUUAAGUAAAGUAGAAAAUUUCAAUUUUUCCGAAUACAUUCUGCAAUAUUUAUCGACCAGAUUUAAUAAGAGUUGUACCCAAGACAUAAAUUCAUCAAAUGGUGCCAUCAAAAACUUAAAUAAUCUAUUCGUCAGCCGACAAUCUUGUCGGCUUGAUAUACGAAAAUUUUCCAGCAAUUGUGUUUGAGCAAAUUAAUGGACACUCAAUUUUGACAAUAUGAAACAUAACUCAAAAAAAUUUCUUCUGUGCCCAGUCCCAUGUCGCAAUUUGCAAAACUUCAAGCGAGGCGAGCAAGUUUGGACUACACAGGGCUAACUGAAAAUGUUUUUUGGCUACCUGCAAAAAAAUUAAAUAUAUAGGCAUGUCUUAUGGUUCCUAUACUGACACUAGUAUUCCAAUGACACUGAAAGAAAUGAACACUGUUACUUUUGGAAUUCUACUGAAUCUGAUCUGAUUAUCUGAACAAUUAUUAAUUUUAUAGAUUGAGCAAGAAAAAGAAGGGCACAAAAAUGCACUUUGUGAUCUUGAAGAUAAGGUAAAUCAUGAACCAGCUAACUAAAAUACUGUAGCUUUCUCCAUGUUUUAGCGAGAAAUUAACAUAGAGAUGAUUUGUCACACAACUUUUGCCCAAAAUUGUUGCAUGCAACACAAGGCCAGAUUUUGGUGGAAAUAGUGAGGGAGGUGGGAAAAAAUUAGGGGAGGUGCAACAGUCUAGCUCACGACCCCCAUGGAAGGUUAGGACUUAGAACAGACCAAAGUCAACAACAUGACGUAUGCAUGUAUAGUGUACAUACAGUAUGUAUCAGUGUAUGAAUUAUGACUGUAGUCAACUCAAACGAUUACUACAAAGUUUCUUUCAAAAUAUUGCAUUUUAAAAGGAUACUUGACACAGAGAUAAAUUGGCUAUCACUGUUUCAAUUUUACAGAAAAACUUUGGAAGUGUAGACACUAAGCAACCAAAAAUGUCAAAUUUUCACUUUGAUCUAUCAUAAUUGAAACUUUUCCAAGGGGAUUGGUGCAUAUGACUUAGUUUUUAGGGGAGAUGCAAAAAUUCUUAGGAGAGAUGCAAAACAAUCUCAGGGGAGGUGUGCACCUCCCCACACCUCCCCUCAAAAUCCGGCAAUAUUUCAUCCAUCAAAAUCAUUUGCAUAUACUAAUUGCUUUAUUGGUUAUAAUACUGCCAUUAGAUUGCAUAGUUAGUACAAACAACUUACUGUGGACGUUGCACAACAAACAACAAAGUGUCAAAGUGAUUAUUAUUUUCUGUUUGAUUGAAAAGCAUGCAAUGUACUGUUAUGUAGUCACUCGCUCAUGAUCAAUAUACGACUAUAACGGGCUAACCAAUGUAGGAAUACCUCUUCAAUACAUGCAUAAUACAUGCAUGCAUGUAAAGUUGUAUUUCCCCAUGUAUGACACUUAUUGAAACCGACAUAUAAUAACAGAUUGUACAAUACUGUCAUUCCAAUUGAAGUGUUGCUCAAAUAUUGAUUCAAUACAUUACCUCGGGCUGACCAAUUCAUUUCAUCAAGUUCCUCGAGAUAUUCAUACACUUCCUAGUAUAAUUGUAAACUUCCUGUUGAAUAGUUUGAAUGCACCAAUCACCUUUGUUGUUUGUGCAACUAGCCAAUCAUAAAUAGAAAGGAAGUGACUAGAAAUGAUCAAAUACUUGGAAUUAGCUCUUUCACAGGAAGUGUAUGAAUAUCUCGAGGAACUUGAUCAAAUGAAUUGGUCAGCCGGAGGUAAUGUAUUGAAUCAAUAUUUAAGCAAGUACACUUCAAUUGGAACGACAGUAAAUGGAUGCAUAUUAACAGGCAUGUCGUACCAAACAGUGUAAUUGGCAAACACAAUCCGGGCAAUUAACACUAUACUGUUUCAAUUAUAGUUAUUGUAUAUUUACUAUAUAUAGUUAUACUCCAGCUAGAUACUUGCUUUCUGCGCACCAAAUUAAUACUGGCCGGGGAAUGGAAUUUGCAGACGCUAAAGCAAUAAUUUAUUUUUGUGUAUAUCAUAAAUAAUCUGCAUACAUAAGUUGCUUUAUAGGUCACAUUAGCAUAUAUUCAGUAUCAUACUGCUGUAGGAGCUAAUUGCAUUAUUAAUAGGGGCACUUUAUUAUAAUAUGACAAGCAUCACUUUCGGUGAAAUGGCAGACUGUAAUUGGCUGCGAAGCACUUUCAGCACUUUCAGUGGUCCAUUAUUUUCCCGUAAUGGACCGGACCGGUCCAUUACGUAAAAACAAACGCAUGCAUUUUAAAACAAUUAAAACAGCAAAACUAGUAGAAAAUUGAAAAUUAUAAUUUUGUUUGUUAUUAAUAAGAUAUCUGCAAAUGGUUUUAAGUGGAAAGAAAGGAAUGCAUUGCAUUGCUAUUUUUUGUUGUUUUCGAUCAAAUGUGUACCACGCUACUAAUUAAUGCAUUUCAAAUCAUGCACAGUUUCUUGUUUGUUUCAAGUACAGUAUAAAUGCCUAUAAAUGCCAUAUAAUAAACUUUUUAUUAACUUCGAUUGGACCUCGCCCUACGGGCUGGGUCUGUACAAAAAAGGCUUUGGUCUGAUAUUUCUCUGUAAAGACCUCACACUCGGUUAAUAAGAAGUUAAUUAAUCAUUGCCCUAAAAGUUACUCACAUUUUUACUACUAACGUAUAUGCACUUUAUUAAUUAUAGUUUAACAAUUCUGAGAGAAGAGUACAUGAUUUGAUGGAAGAAAAUGAAAAUUUGAUACAUGAAAAGAAUUUCCAGCUUACAACCAGACGUGAUCUCGAAAAAGAGGUAAAGGAUUAAUUACCUUCCCAUGGUCACUUCACCAAUAUAUGGACAUGACUUAUUAUUAUUACAGGCUCCUCUCGAAUACAAACAAUUCAGACAGCUCAUUGUCAAUAUAAACAUCAAAAGACCCACAUAUAAAUGGAUAUAAAACAUGCUCGAAUAUAUAAUGUUUUUAUUGCACUUUUUAGCUUCAAGAAAAAAUCACAACAUUGCAUAAAAGGACAAAUGACCUUCAGACAGAAAAUCAAUCAUUGGUCGGAGCUGUGGUUGAACUUAAAAGGAUGGUAAUAAUUCAGAGUAUUUCAAUGUUGUCUCAACUUAUGUGCCUAAUUUUCAACAAUGCCUAAGUAUAUCACUUACUAAAUAUCAUGUUUAACCUAGGAGUCUUGAAUUCCUAGGUUAAACGUGAUAAUUUUACAUUGUUCCAUUAUUUUGCAGGAUUAUUCUGCAAAAAAACUAGAUGUUAUUGUCAAAAAAAGGCAGCCAAAUACUGAGAUUGUGUACACUGCUUUGCAGUGUGGGUUCCAGGCAUCCAGCAUGGCCAUAAAAAAAAUUGCCAAAAACCUUUUGUACUUUUUUGUUCUAUUUAAUUUAGGAUUUUUUAUAAUUAGUAUAGUUGUAAGAAUGUAGUAAAACUGUCAUACAUUCAAGUUUUGGUAUUAUUUUAGCAUGGUUCUUAAAACAUUUUGUGUAUUUUUUAUUGUUUUAAAAGGUAGCAUAUAGUGAUCUAUAAUUUUAUUUUCUUGCCAAGUUUUGGAAUAACUAGAAAAACUAUAACAUAUAUAAAAUUAAAUGUAGUGAUGCUGCCUGUCACAGGCAACCAGAACGGCAAAAUUGCAUUGUUAUCUACAGGCAUUUACUAUAUCAGUUUUCACCAUAUUUAAUAAUAAAGGCAAGCACAGUAUAUAUUAAAAAAAUAAAUAUGCUAGUCAAAUAUAUAAUACUGUAUGUGCACCAAGCUAGUCAUUGGGCUGCCUAUCAGUUAACAUGACUUUAUGUGACAGGAUGUCAAAGAAUACAUACCUCCUUAACAUUUAUACCCAAUAUGCUCGAAAAUAUAAAUAAUUCUGAGAAAGAAAAAAGCCCAAGCUGAAAAAUAGAGGAGCUGGGACAAAUGGUAAAAGUCAUUAGAGUCUUCACUCUAGAAACACCCUAUCCUUAAUAAAAUAUCCUUAAUACAAAAAAUUGUGGGGCUAUACUAGAAAUCAGGUCCAGGGAAAAGUCAGUUGAAUUUUGGUUUAAUUUGGAUAAACAUUGGAUGAGAAGUUAGCAAAAGAUUGUGUUGCUUUCUUGGCAGAGUAAACUGAAUGUGUAAUUAGCGUAGAUAAUUAGUGAGCCUCUGAGUGCCUGUUAGUUUUUAAUUAAUAAUGUUCAACAGCAUGCAGCAACCUUGUUCCCAGGCUUUUUCCUCUAGUGAGUAUUAUACUGUUGUACUGUGCAGGAGCUUUACAUGAUUAUUAGUGGCACUAUCUUUGCCCUGUUAAAACUUACUUACGUUUUCACUACCAGUACUGACAUAUGCACUUUAAUAUAGUUUAAGGAUUCUGAGGGAAGAGUACAUGACUUGAUGGAAGAAAAUGAAAAUUUGACACAUGAAAGGAAUUUCGAGCUUACAACCAGACGUGGUCUCGAAAAUGAGGUAAAGACUUAAGGCCAAUUUACACCAGACAUCUCUUUUAUGGAUACCUUCCUACGGUCACCUCUCCAAUAUGGACACUUCCAUAUUACACUCUGGCUCCUCUCGAAUACAAACGAUUAAAUAGAAGAGAGAUUAAUUUAAAUAACCACUCAGGAAAUUUAACAACGAAUAUUAAUCCAUUGAGUGGCAGAAUUCUCCCCCUGAUGAGUAAAAUCGUCUGGUGUUAGACAGAGUAAAAUAAUAAAGUAGGGUGCAUCUGGGUGCAUUGCACUUAAAGGGUUAAAUUAACUGUACUGUUACCACCAAUACAUCUGAUACCUUUCUAAUACGGACUCCUUAACUCAGACAGCUCAUUGUCAACAUAAACACAAAGACCCACCUAUUCCCUAAGAUCUUUUGGAACUGUAUUUGACCAAUUAUACUCAGUUUAAACAAUGCAACUGAUUUAGGUGGAGCAAAGAACAAAUGCUUUUGAAUCAGCACAAAGGAGAAUCGCGAAUCAACGAAAAAUUCAUGAUGAUAUGGUCAAUAGAAGUAAUGAAUUAGAAGACCAGGUACAAUAACUGUCAGUGAAUUGCGAUAAAAAAUUUUGAUGGUACAUGUUAGUUAUCUCUGUGACUGAUGUUCAAUUCCUACAAUAUGGAGACUCUACUUUAAUCUCAAUCGUAUGUAAGAUGUGUGCUUCCGGUUUUGCUCUAAACACCGUAGAUUUUCUUUGGAUACACCAAUAAGGAUUGGAUCUGAUACUGAACCUGAACUGGUUUCCUCUUGUAGUAACACUGGAGCCAAUGGGUGGCCUAGCCUUCUCUGCAGAGGAGGGGAGGGGUAACCCACUAGACAAUUUUACUUAUUACCAUGCAAACCUUUAACGGACCUACAUGUAUACUAAUUUUAUCAGUACUAUAUACACUUAGGUUGAACAACAAAAAGCUGCAUUGGAUGUAGUAAAUACUGAACUGGUUACAGCUAGAGCUGACCAGGAUACAGUAAACACUGAACUGGUCAGAGUUAGAACCGAGCGAGAUGCAGCCAGAACACAGAUAAAUAAUUUACACUUGUUCAGUGGCGCGCUUCAGCACCUGGUUAAUCAGUUUCAAAGGCGAUUGCAGGAUUCUGAAGAUCGUGAAGGAAAUGAUCUAGCUUUACGCGAUGAACUACUAGAAAUCGUAAGUUUUUGUAUAGCCAGCGUGGCCGGCUCUUCUAUAAGGCAGAUAAUUGAAGAUUAUAAAAGAGUCGGCCACGCUGGCUAGUUUUUGUAUUGAACGAAUUAUUAAUGUUACUCCCACGUUUGACAAAUCCCACAGCAAUUAUGUACCAGUCAUGGGCUAAUAACUAUGAUUUAUCUUUUACUAUUAGCUUGAUGAUCUACAAGAACAACCAAACGGACCACCAAACGUACCAAAUGUAAGUUUAUUUCUCGUAUAUGCAGUGCUCAAUAUAACAGCC